CUAUUAUAGCAGCCCAUGGACGCGCGGCAAUAUAAUGGCCUCCACUGCCAGAGCACCAAACCACCAUAUUCACAAACAAGAACGGCACAAGCCAUGGCGUUCUCCGGCGUCGUCCACCUCAUCGCUCUCGUGAUCGCGGCCGCUGCUGCUGCCACCGAUGCGACCACCAUAACCGUGGUGAACCGGUGCUCCUAUACGAUAUGGCCAGGCGCGCUCCCAGGCGGCGGCGCGCGUCUCGACCCGGGCCAGUCGUGGCAGCUCAAUAUGCCCGCAGGCACGGCGGGCGCCAGGGUGUGGCCGCGCACGGGGUGCACCUUCGACCGCAGCGGCCGUGGCCGGUGCAUCACCGGCGACUGCGCGGGCGCUCUGGUCUGCCGCGUGUCCGGCGAGCAGCCAGCCACGCUGGCCGAGUACACGCUCGGCCAGGGCGGGAACCGGGACUUUUUCGACCUGUCCGUCAUAGACGGGUUCAAUGUGCCCAUGAGCUUCCAGCCCGUCGGCGGCGCGCCGUGCCGCGCGGCUACCUGCGCCGUGGACAUCACCCAUGAGUGUCUGCCGGAGCUGCAGGUGCCCGGAGGGUGCGCGAGCGCGUGCGGCAAGUUUGGCGGCGACACCUACUGCUGUCGUGGCCAGUUCGAGCACAACUGCCCGCCGACAUACUACUCGAGGUUCUUCAAGGGCAAGUGCCCCGACGCCUACAGCUACGCCAAGGAUGACCAGACCAGCACCUUCACCUGCCCGGCCGGAACCAACUACCAGAUCGUGCUCUGCCCUGCCCGAAAUGAUUUACACAUGGAUCAGUAAGUAGAGAGGACUAGUCCUUGUAGUCUUCCUUACUUAUUAUGAUCAUCGAUCGAUCGUAUCAGUGUGUGCCAUAUGUCCAUAUAUGCGUGGCUUCAUGACGGGUGAGUGCAUGUCAUUCAGCGAAUAAAUGUAUAAAUAAAAGGGACGUGUAAUUUUUAAGGUUAUGUGAAGUGCAACUCUGUUAUA